AUGAUUUUCUUCGCAAUUUCAGCUUCAAUAUUGUCUCCAUAUUUUAUUUAUAUAGGUUAGAGAUUUUCCAAAAAAAAAUUAUUGUUAAAAAAAAUUUCUUGACAGCAAAUCUGACGAUUUCCACUCUCCUAUUCUUCACAACGCUGGACAUUUCAACAUUGCUCAUCCUAAUCUUCGCCUCAAAAAAGUCCAAAACCCACUACAAAUCCAAAAUGGGCAGUGUAAACCUGGAGCAACGUUAUCAAUUAUCGCAGGUGCUGAAUUGGACAAAAUCAAUGAUUCCAAGUGUGAUUUUUGCGAAAUGGACACGAUUUGUAUCGAUUUCUAGUAUUGUUUUCUACAAAAGUGGCGGGCAACUUGAAGAUAUUGAGAAAAGUGUCGUUUUUUCGAUUUAUAAUUCGUUUUUGGACGUUUUUGUGAUACUUUUGGCUGUGGGAAUAUUUUUGAGACAUCGGAAAUUUCGAAAAAUUUCGAAGGAUUUGAAAACUAUUGAUGGACACGUUAUCAAACAAAAUCCAAGUCAACAAGAUUAUAUUUUAUAUCUCAAAAAUCAAUGGAACUAA